AGCAAAGCGUCAUUGCUGGGUGUGUAUCCCGCGCAACGUUCUAACAAAACUCCUCCUCUCAGUUUCUAAUCUCACACAUCAAAAAAAAAACUCUCCCCCACAAUCUCCGCUCCUUGAUUCCUCUCCUCCUCAUAUCCGAUCCGGGUCUCCACAGAGUCCAACUCCGACCCGACCCGACCCGAUCACCCAUGGGGGAAACCAAGGCCGCAACCGACGGCGGUUCAGCUUCCGGCGAAUCCUCGAAGCCCUCGGCGAAGCUGUUGACCGCCGGAGAUCGGAAAUUGCUCAAGGUGGAGCUUCGGCAAGGGGAGACGACUUACGUCUCGUGGAAGAAGCUUAUGAAGGAAGCUAGCAAAGGGAAUUGCUCGUUGGUCUCGGCGAUUGACGCGCCGCCUCCUAAUGCUAACCCUAAUCUCGAGUCUCGGAUUGCUCCGGGGGUACCAGUAGAAGGUGAGACGGUCGACCAACCUCAUUCUAAUCGUUUUAACGCUGUUAUAGAGAAGAUCGAGAGGCUUUACAUGGGGAGAGAUAGUAGUGAUGGGGAAGAGUUAGAUGGUGCUCCUGACGAUGACGAGUAUGACACUGAAGAUUCAUUUAUCGAUGACGUUGAAUUGGAUGAGUAUUUUGAAGUCGAUGAUUCGGCAAUUAAGCAUGAUGGAUUUUUUGUUAAUAAAGGGGAGUUAGAACGGAUUGCACCGUCAACAACAACAACAUCGAACAAACAACCAAAGAAAAGGAAAAGGAAAGAGUCAGCAAAACCUUGCGGCGAUGUUGUUGAUGUAUCCAGUAAACAAGCCAAGAUUGCUAAGACGGUUGGGGGAAAGGAUCAAUCAGCUGCUUCUGGGCUCUCUCCAAAGAAAAAGUCCAAUGAUCCAAAGACAGUGCAGGAUUCGGUUUCUCCUUUGAAAGUGCAAAGUGGCAAUGACUCCUUGUCUUUAGAAAAUGUGAAGCAUAGUGAUAAAGCGAAUCAUCAGCCAAGGAACACCACAAGUCCGAAGUCAAAGGCAGCUGAAUCUUCUGUCGCCCUUCAUCUGAAGUGCAGCAAAAGUGCUCAUCAGCAAUCUAAUUCCGUGCCAGGAAAAUCUCGGCCAAUUGUUUUGGAAAAAUCAACAGUAGCACGUCAAAAAGAAAACAAUGGGAUGCAUGACCAGGACAAUGCAACAGUAAGCAGACAGUCUAAUCAAAUAACUAAGAAAGGCGGUUCUAACGUCAAACCUAAAACCUCCACACUUGAGAAAGCCUUCAGGGAAUUGGAGAAGGUGGUCGCUGAAUCAAGGCCUCCUGCUGCUACGGAUAAUCAAGAUGCUGAUACCUCUUCCCAAGUAGUGAAGAGGAGAUUGCCAGGAGACAUAAAAUUGAAGCUUGCUAAAGUUGCUAGGAUUGCGCAAGCGAGCCACGGGAAUUUAUCAGGGGAGUUAAUUAAUCGUCUCAUGAGCAUAGUUGGUCAUCUAAUACAAGUUAGAUCGUUAAAGAGGAACUUGAAAAUCAUGAUCGAUUCCGGCGACUCUGCAAAACGAGAAAAUGAUACUAGAUUUCAAAGUAUCAAGAAUGAAGUUAUUGAAACGUUAAAAACACAAGUUCCGUUGAUGGAACCCCAGGCAACCAAUCAUGAAGCUGGAACAUCAGACGAUUUUGAAAAUCCUCCUCCGUCCACGAAGAAGAAGUUUGUCAUGGAUGAGGCGCUGGAGGACAAAUUGUGUGAUCUAUAUGACAUCUUUGUUGAUGGAUUGGAUGAAGAUUCAGGUCCACAGAUCAGAAAGCUUUAUGCAAAUUUAGCUGAACUCUGGCCAAACAGAUUAAUGGACAAUCACGGGAUCAAGCGUGCCAUUUGCCGGGCAAAAGAAAGACGGAGAGCAUUGCACGCAAAUCUUGGGAAAGAGAUGGAUCAAGGGAAGAUGAAGAAGAAACAGACACAAUUGGUACAAAAAUCAGAGAGUACAGCUUGUCCCGACAAGGCUUCAGGUGUUGGAGACAAAACAACAGGUGUUGUCCCAAGCGCAACCACAACGUCCUUAGUCCACACUCAACCUACAGUGGACAAGUCCCGUGACAAGUCAAAGCAGAAGCAUGAGAAACUGAAAGGAAGCUCAAGCUCUAGCGACCCUUCAGGAGAAGCAAAAGCAGCGAGAAGAAAGAAAGAAAAGAGUGUAGAAGAUUCUCACCCACCAACAGUGAAGCAGCAGAUACGCCCACAGGCUCCACUGGACCUGAACCUGCCAAGCUAAUUACUUUUGAAGUUCCAAGGACAAAAAUGUAAUUUGCCGAUAGUAGUCAAAGCCUGGCUCUAGCCUUUGCCUUCUUUGUAGCUUUUGAAGUUCCAAGGACAACAAUGUAAUUUGCCGAUAAUCGUCUCUUCUAAAUUAAUCAUAGGCCCAAUCGAGUGUAUUGAUGGGCCUGACAUGACAAUAAAAAGCCCAAAGACAAAUUAAAAUGUGAAAUGAAGCUCACUGA